GUAAACAGAAGGAGAGAGUCUUCUGUUUCCCUUCGCGGGCGACCUCUUCUCCCCUCGCCAUGAACAAGAUGAAGAACUUUAAGCGACGUUUCUCUCUGUCCGUCCCUCGCACCGAGACCAUCGAGGAAAACGAGUUCACUGAGCAAAUCAACCAGCUCAACAUCCAACACACUCAGGCACUGACUCCAGACAGCCUGACCCUGCCGUCACUGCACCCUGAGGCCAGUCCCAGUCCAGUGAGCCCUGAGCCAGCCACACCCGGAGCACAGUCCCCCUCCCAGCUCCAGUACCGCAGCAAAGCACCACACCGACGCUUCUCAAUGGAAGACGUGAGUAAGCGUAUGUCUCUGCCCAUGGACAUCCGCCUUCCUCCGGAGUUCCUCAAGAAGCUGCAGAUGGAGAGAGAGAUGGAGAGUGAGAACAACUCUCCUCCCUGCAAACCCCUCAGCCGCAUGUCUCGACGGGCUUCACUGUCUGACAUUGGCUUUGGAAAGCUGGAGACGUACGUGAAACUGGGCAAACUGGGAGAGGGGACGUAUGCCACCGUUUUUAAGGGGCGGAGCAAACUGACAGAGAACCUGGUGGCGCUGAAAGAGAUUAGGCUAGAGCACGAGGAGGGAGCGCCCUGUACAGCUAUCAGAGAAGUGUCUUUACUGAAGAACCUAAAACACGCCAACAUUGUCACACUGCAUGACAUCAUACACACAGAACGCUCCCUCACUCUUGUCUUUGAGUACCUGGACAGUGAUCUGAAACAGUACCUGGACAACUGUGGAAACCUGAUGAGCAUGAACAACGUCAAGAUCUUUAUGUUCCAGUUGUUACGUGGUCUGUCCUACUGCCAUAAGAGGAAGAUCCUUCACAGAGACCUCAAACCUCAGAACCUGCUCAUCAACGACAAGGGAGAGCUCAAACUAGCUGACUUUGGUCUGGCACGGGCCAAGUCUGUCCCCACUAAGACCUACUCCAACGAGGUGGUGACUUUAUGGUACCGCCCCCCUGAAGUACUUCUGGGUACCACAGAGUACUCUACACCCAUCGACAUGUGGGGCGUGGGCUGUAUUCUAUUUGAGAUGGCGACAGGUCGUCCCAUGUUCCCCGGCUCCUCAGUGAAAGAGGAGCUGCACUUAGUCUUCAGAAUCAUUGGUACCCCAAAAGAGGACAGCUGGCCAGGUAUCUCCAAUAAUGAUGAGUUCAGAUCCUACAUGUUCCCCGAGUACAGACCUCAGCCACUCAUCAACCACGUGCCUAGGCUGGAUACUGAGGGGAUUGACAUGCUAACUGCUUUACUCCUGUAUGACACUAGGACCAGAGUCUCAGCUGAAGCAUCUCUUAGACACCCCUACUUCCUCAGCCUGGGAGAGAACAUCCACAGUCUUGCAGACAGUAAGACACACACAUUAAAUGUAUUUGACUUCAAUCAUGUGCCUCCUCGGUGUUUUCUCUCAGAGAAAUUAAACUGCAGAAAGACCCAGGCCACCGCAGCUCAGUGUUCCAGCCUCCAGGUCGGGGGAAGAACAGAAGGCAGAGCAUAUUCUAAAGGACGACCAGCCGAUGGAGUGCAGACAGGGCGAGAGAAACCCUCAAGGAGGAAUCGGCUUUGAAGACAAACACACUCCAAUCCCUCAUACAAACAGAAAUACAAAUGCAAACACAAACAUCCAGGUCACAUCAGUCUAACCUCAAAGGUCUUUCCUGGUUAAAUAAAGGUUCAAGUUAAAUUUACACAAACACACACAUCUAACCCUCUCCCUCCCCACAACAGAGGAUGGAUACAGACAGGGUUUCUGAGAAUAAACUAGCACUGCACCUCAAACGUCUUGGAUCUGAGGUCCCUCUAUGAGCAUUCUACUGUCAUGAUUCUGGGACUGACCAGGAAGUAUCUCCCAUUCUCCUACCCAAUCCCCUUCCUACUCAGCCCCCUGCAGACACCCAAGCUAACCAAUCACUCUGCAUGUUUCAAUGAUCUCCACUUCUCCCUUUCCCUUCCUCCUCUCCUUCUGUUCAUGUCCCCUUGUAAUAAAAUAACACAGAGUUAGCACCUUGCAACACAACCAUCAUCUGAGACCAAAACUCUAAAUCCAAACUAAAUCUGAGUGGUUGGGGAAGAGUCCAUUUACGGCAAACCUGCCUCUACAUAAACACCCCUUGAUUUCACCUAGUGGGGAUUUCAUUCAAAUCAGUAUUACAGUUUUUGAAAUGGCCUUAGUAAAAUGUGCUUGAGAUUUCUUUCUUCAAAAUAUGAUAUAAAGAAACCAAUGGGCAUUUCUUUCUUCAAAAUAUGAUAUAAAGAAACCAAUGGGCAUUUGCUUUGCAUUAGUGAAUAACACACGUUUAGUGUUCGUAUCACUGAGUUUCCUAUUUGCACAAACCUGAAAUCACCUCUGAAGAGAGUUCCUGGACUGGCUCUAGAGUAAGAUGAAGAAGGAUUAGACAAAGACCAUUACAUAAUGAACCCGGAAUUGCAAAUGGAAACCGACUAUUCCAAUUGGUUUAUUCACUUCCAUUCACUGGAGCACAAAUUCUGAUCUCCCCCACUUCUCUCUGAAGUGUGCAGUUGUUUCCUCCCCCUGUGAAAUGGGCUUGGGAAUUCCAAUUGGCUCCCAGAGCAGAUAUAGGAUACUUCCUGAAUAAUCUGGACAUCACUGUCUAAUCUGUCUCCAUCUCAUGCUUGGACCAAACCUCUCUUCUAACAUAGUCUCCCCCUACCUCUCGCCUAACCUCCUCUCACCUACCUCUCUCCUAACCUAGGGUGCAUCUAGUCUUGAGGGGGUUCCUCUUCUCCUCUCAUUCAUCUAAACUGUUAUAAAAUGACAGGGUCACUGAAAAGCAAUUUGGGGUAAGCCUACUAGGAUUCAAUCUGUUUACACCUCUGUGUGUCCAGCACAUUUACAUCUGAUGAAAGAAAGGGAACAAGGAGAGGGAGCCACUAUAGACUACUCAGAUGCAGUUCUCUCUACCCCACACUGGAGACAAUGCCAAUCAUUUUAUAGAGCUAACUUUCCUUGUCUCCUUUACUUCCUCACCACCUAACUGAAAAAACUGACAGGUAAAAGCAAUAUGGUGGACACUUAUCCAGUCCUAUCAGUGGCCAUGAAGGAAAUAAGGUAAGGAAGGGAAGCCAAAAGCAUUGGGACACACUGGGAGAGAUGGCGAUCUGUGUAUUACACUUUAAAACUUCCCCUCUGUUUAUUUUAGCAACCUCUGGGGCAAAAGUAUUAGCCUACUGUAUAUGUUUUGCUGUGGUAAAUUAAGAUAUUUUAAAUACUGUACUGUAAUGAAAAUAAAUAAUAUAUAUGUACCUUAAAGGCCCAAUGCAGUCAAAAAUGUGAUAAUCCUGUGUUUUAUGUAUAUUUCCACACUG